CUCUUCCGUUUAGAGAUUUCAUAGGCCUCAAAGAAGAGAAUGUCGAGACGCAGUAGCCGUUUACAAGCUAAGCAGCAGCAUGUCCAGCCCAACCAGCCAGACUCUCCCCAAGAAGCCCAGAUAAUUCAGGCCAAGAAGAGAAAAACAGCACAGGAUGUCAAAAAAAGAAAAGAGGAGAUCACCAAGAAGCAUCAGUAUGAGAUCAGGAAUUGUUGGCCACCUGUACUGUCUGGAGGAAUCAGUCCUUGCAUUAUCAUUGAAACACCUCAUAAAGAAAUAGAAACAAGUGACUUCUCUAGAUUUACAAAUUACAGAUUUAAAAAUCUUUUUAUUAAUCCAUCGCCUCUGCCAGAUUUAAGCUGGGGGUGUUCACAGGAAGUUUGGCUAAACAUGCUACAAAAGGAGAACAGAUAUGUGCAUGACAAACAUUUUGAAGUUUUGCAUUCUGACUUGGAACCACAGAUGAGGUCAAUACUUCUAGACUGGCUUUUAGAGGUUUGUGAAGUAUACACACUUCAUAGGGAGACAUUUUACCUUGCCCAAGACUUUUUUGACAGAUUUAUGUUGACACAAAAAGAUGUAAAUAAAAAUAUGCUUCAACUCAUUGGGAUUACCUCAUUGUUCAUUGCUUCUAAACUGGAGGAAAUCUACGCUCCCAAACUUCAAGAGUUUGCUUAUGUCACUGACGGUGCUUGUAGUGAAGUAGAUAUCUUAAAGAUGGAACUCUCUAUAUUAAAGGCUUUAAAAUGGGAACUUUGUCCUGUAACAGUCAUUUCCUGGUUGAAUCUUUUUCUACAAGUUGAUGCUGUUAAAGAUGUUCCCAAGGUUCUUCUACCUCAGUAUUCUCAGGAGACAUUCAUCCAGAUAGCUCAGCUUUUAGAUCUGUGUAUCCUCGCCAUCGACUCAUUAGAAUUUCAAUACAGAAUUCUGGCAGCUGCAGCCUUAUGCCAUUUUACCUCCAUUGAAGUAGUUAAGAAAGCCACAGGUUUGGAAUGGGAUGACAUUUCAGAAUGUGUAGAUUGGAUGGCGCCUUUUGUCAGUGUAGUAAAAAGUGUAAGUCCAGUGAGGCUGAAGACCUUUAAGAAGAUACCUAUGGAAGACAGACACAAUAUCCAGACACACACAAAUUAUUUGGCUUUGCUGAAUGAAGUAAACUAUGUGAACACCUUCAGAAAAGGAGGGCAGUUGUCACCAGUGUGUAAUGGCGGCAUUAUGACACCACCGAAGAGUACUGAAAAACCACCAGUAAAACACUGAAGUUAACAAAUUGGAAUUGGUUCAUACAAAUGAAUAAGUUACAGGAAGAGUAGUGCUGUGGCUGUCCUUGCCUACUGAGGCAUUACACUGCCAUUUAUUUUAUUUAAUAAAAACUACAUCAAUUUGGCACUAAAUGCCCAGGAUGCAUGAAGCCUUGGGUUCGAUCCUUAGCACCAUAAAAGAACAGAACAGAAAACUUCACAAAAAGAUGGGCACUAAAAAUAUUUCCUCUAGCCAUUUAAAAGAGGACAUGUUUACAGAGGAGACUUCACUCCCAAGGACAGUGGAUAGAAGCCAGCAACAAUUUAUGCUGUAGCAGUUUCUGUUUGUUAUUGUGUUUCUUUAAAGUCUAGUGUUACUGUGUAUCUCUUGGUAAACUAGGAAUUUUAUCAUUGGAAUAUGGACUAAACAACUUAAAAGAUGUAUUAGCAUACACAGAACUCUGAAACUAGAUUUUAGAUUCUUAAAUUCCUAUACUCUUGAAUGGUGCAAUUUGUCUUUUGAAAAUGAAACUUAAACUUAUUUACAAAGAUUGUUUUGUAAUAAAGUGACUAAUUUAUCUAAAGCUGUUUGUAAUAAACAAUGACAAAACUUGAAA